GGACCUCGCGGGCGCACGGCUCCUGUUUCUUCUCCACGUCCCUGCGAUUUGGGGAAGGCGUAACCCGGCAGCUGGGCGCGGGAGAACCGCAGACGAGCCAUGGGCGCCGGGAGCUCCACCGAGCAGCGGAGCCCGGAGCAGCCGGAGGCGGGGAGCGCGACGCCGGCCGAGCCCGAGCCCAGCAGCGGCGGCGGCUCUGCGGCGGAGGCGGCACCCGACACGCCAGGGGACCCGACCAUCGCCGCUGCGGACCCCGCCACCAAGCUCCUGCAGAAGAAUGGCCAGCUGUCCACCAUCAAUGGCUUAGCCGAGCAAGGAGAGCUUAGCCUCCAGGAGGGAGCCCUGAAUGGCCAGGAGGAGGAAGUCAUUGUCACAGAUGUUGGACAGAGAGAGUCUGAAGAUGUGAGUGAAAGGGAGUCAGACAAAGAGAUGGCUGCUAACUCAGCGGUGGUCCAAGACAUCUCGAAGGAUGGGCAGGAGGAAAUGCCUGAGACGAUGGAACAGAUCCCUGCCUCAGAAAGCAGUGUAGACGAGCUGACGCAAUCUGCUGAGCCCCAGGCUAACGACGUGGGAUUUAAGAAGGUGUUUAAGUUUGUCGGCUUUAAAUUCACUGUGAAAAAGGAUAAGACGGAGAAGUCUGACACUGUCCAGCUCCUCACCGUCAAAAAGGAUGAAGGUGAAGGGGCAGGAGGGUCGGACGGGGCUGGUGACCACCCGGAGCCCAGCCGGGAGACGGGGGACACGACACCCAAAGACAGUGAACUGAAACAGUCCACAGAGACACCCGAAGAGACGCCCAGACGCGAGCAGAGCCGCACAGAAAUCCCCCUUCAGGCCGAGUCUGGUCAAGCAGCCGAGGAAGGCAAAGAUGAAGGAGAAGAAAAACAAGAGAAAGAACCCGCCGUAUCUCCAGACUCUCCGACUAGUCCAGUGGCCAGCGACACCGCAUCGCCCUUCAAAAAAUUCUUCACUCAGGGUUGGGCUGGCUGGCGAAAAAAGACCAGUUUCAGGAAGCCUCGGGAGGAUGAGCUGGAGGCUUCAGAGAAGAAGAAGGAACAAGAACCAGAAAAAGCAGACGCAGAAGAACACGAGAAGACGGAAGAUGCCUCCGAGCAGCCACCCCCGCAGGAGGCCCCCGAGAGCGCCCAGGAUGCCAGGCUGUCGGCUGAGUAUGAAAAAGUGGAGCUGCCCACCGAAGAUCAAGUGCAAGCACCUCCCGAAGAGAAACCCGCCCCAUUAGCAACAGAAGUCUUUGAUGAAAAAGUAGAGAUUGUCGCGGAAGUCCACGUUAGCACUAUAGAGAAGGACACGGAGGAGCAGGAAGCCGAGGGAGAAGAAACAGAAGAGCCCUCGCCACUGGAAAAGUCGGUUGAAACGAGUGCCGACCUUCAGGAAGCCGAGCCCGAGGAGGCGCUGCUGAAGACUGAAGAAGAUGCGGGCGCCCCCAGCGAGGACCACUCCGCAGACGCGAGAGCGCCGUCCACGCCCCCCGAGGGCAUCGUGAAUGAGGUGGAAAUGCUGUCCUCGCAGGAGAGAAUUAAGGUGCAGGGAAGCCCUUUAAAGAAACUGUUCACUAGCAGUGGCCUUAAAAAGCUCUCUGCAAAGAAACAGAAAGGGAAACGAGGAGGAGAUGAGGAGCCCGGAGAGCAGCAUCCAGCCUCAGCAGAUUCUCCCGACAGUCCAGACGAACCCAAGGGCGAGAGCUCGGCCUCGUCCCCUGAAGAGCCCGAGGAGAUCACGUGUCUGGAGAAAGGCGUGGCCGAUGCCCCCCAGGACGGGGAGGCUGAGGAAGGGACCACUUCCGAUGGAGAGAAGAAGAGGGAAGGUGUUACCCCCUGGGCAUCUUUCAAAAAGAUGGUGACGCCCAAGAAACGCGUAAGAAGGCUCUCUGAAAGUGAUAAGGAGGACGAAGUGGACAAGAUCAAGAGUGCCACCCUGUCUUCCACAGAGAGUGCAGCCUCUGAGAUGCAGGAAGAGGCGAAAGGAAAUGGAGAGGAGCAGAAGCAGGAAGAGCCAAAGCGCAAGGUUGACACCUCCGUGUCCUGGGAAGCUCUGAUUUGUGUGGGGUCAUCCAAGAAAAGGGCAAGAAAAGCAUCCUCUUCCGACGACGAAGGGGAAGUGAAACCCCUGGGAGGAGAGAGCCAAAAACUAGAGGAAGCAGGGAAAGACAAGGAGGCCGGCCCAGACGCGCACCUUGCUGGCUCCCAGGACCACGAUGGGCCCCCAGGAAGUUCCUCACCAGAGCAGGCUGGCAGCCCCUCCGAAGGGGAGGGGGUCUCCACCUGGGAGUCAUUUAAAAGAUUAGUCACCUCGAGAAAAAAAUCGAAGUCAAAACUGGAAGAUAAAAGCGAAGAUUCUGUAGCUGGGUCUGGUGUAGAACAUUCAGCCUCAGAUGCCGAGCCCGGGAAAGAAGAGUCUUGGGUUUCAAUCAGGAAGUUUAUUCCUGGGCGGAGGAAGAAAAGGCCAGAUGGGAAACAAGAACAAGCAGCGAUGGAAGAUACGGGGCCAACGGAGGUCAACGAAGAAGAUUCAGAAGUCCCGGCAGUGGUACCUCUGUCCGAGUACGAUGCGGUGGAAAGGGAGAAAGCCGAAGCCCAGCAAGCUCCGAAGGUGGAGGAGGGGCCCGAGCAGGAGGUGGCUGUCCACGUGUCUGAAGAGCUCAGCAAGAGCCUCGUUCGCUCAGUGACCGUGGCUGUUGUGGAUGGGACAAGGGCCAUUACCAGCAUCGAAGAAAGGGCACCUUCGUGGAUCUCUGCUUCGGUGACAGAACCUCUUGAACAAGCAGAAGAUGAAGAAAAGCCACCGACCGGAGAGGCGUUUGAAAGAGAAAUUGUGGCAGAGGAAACCCACGUUAUUACCAAAACUCUGCCAGAGAGCCAGGAGGCCGGUGAUGACAUGAUUGCUAGCGAGGUGGAAUUGACCUCUGAAGCUGUGACGGCUGCAGAAACCACAGAGCCAUUCUGUGCUGAAGAAGCCGCAGAAGCCUCUGGUGCUGAAGAGACCGCCGACAUGAUUUCGGCUGUUUCCCAGUUAACGGAGUCUCCAGACACCACCGAGGAAGCAACACCUGUUCAGGAGGUGGCGGGCGGCGCGCCCGACGUGGAAGACCAGGCGAGGAGGACCCAGGAGGUGCUGUGGGCCGUUGCGGAAAAAGUCAGAGAAGAAUCAGAGCUGCCUGAGGCCAGAGGGCCAGACGACAUCAUCCGGACAACCCAGAAAACACAAGCGAUAAUACCAGAGAUGGUGGAAGAAGCAGAAGAGGAUGCUCACGCCCUUGAUCUGAAGGAAGCGAUGGAUGGAGCGUCCAAAGUACAUGGACAAGAAGCUAAAACUGAGACUUUGACGCAGGGGACGGUGGCACAGGCCACCCCGGAAAGCUUGGAAGAAGUCCCUCCGGGCACAGAGAGCGCAGAGGCCAGGGAGCUUACCAGCAUUUGUCUAGCUGAAACCGAGGCUGGGGUAAAACCAGAAACUAUCCCAGAACAGCCUACUGCUGCUGAUUCAGCUGAGACCCUCACAGACAAUGAGACCAAUGGAAGCACCCCAGAAGCUCCAAGUAUAAGCCAGCAGGCCAAGAUCAUGGAAAUCCACGGAGACGGUGAAUUUCCAUCAGGGACCCAAUACCAGGUCACAGAAGGUGAGGUGCUUCCUGCACUGAAAGAGAUGCCUCCCGAGCCGUCCGAUUUUCAAUCCCAGGAAGAAACACAUUCAAAAACGGAAGAGGUUCUAGAACAUACAGAUAAAGAGGUAACAGUGGAAACUGUACCCAUCCUUUCAGAGACUGAGGUGAUUCAGGAGGCUGGCCGAUGUGCUGAUGUGGAAGCCAAAGAGGAACCAUCUGUCGAACGACGUGCGCUGUCUUCUGACACAGAAAUAACUGAGGAGAAGAUAAGUGAAGUUGCCUUUGAGGAUGAAGUUCCUAAAAAAGCUGAAUUUGAAAAGAAGGAUGAUAUCGAAUUCCAGAGUCCUGCUAAGUCCCUCCCAACCCCAGUGGAGAGAGGGAUGGUAGUCCAAGUGGAAAGGGACAAAAUGGAACCAGAGCCAACCCAAGUGAACGAAGAGAAACUUGAGCACAAACCAGCUGUUACCGUAUGUGAAGAGCUCAGUAAGCAACUGGUUCAGGCAGUGAAUGUAACUGUCCUAGACGGGGAAAAGGAAGUCAUCCGUUUUGAAGGAAGUUCUUCUCUGCUUGUUCAUGAGGAAGUGGCAUGCACAGAAAUUCAAGUUCAAAGCUCUGAGGCCUCAUUAGCUCUAACAGCUGCAGCAGUGGGGGAGAAGGUCUUAGGAGGAGCUAUCAAGAUUUUAGAAACAGCGGAAACUUUGGCAUCUGCAGAGGCACGUUUAGUACCGGAAGAAAAGGCCUCAGAAAAAGAUGAAGACUCUCCUGUUCAGCCGGGGGAAGACGCGGUGCCCACAGAGACUGAGCCUCAGGCCGAAUCAAUACCGGUGAUAGUAUCUGUUACGCCUGAAAAAGGCAUCAGCGCUGACCUGGAAGGAGAUAAAACCGCAUCACAGAAAUGGGAGUCAGAUGGAGACGGCGAGCAGGUUGGUUGUCAGGAAGGCAGAGUGGGCAAAGCAAAAGAGGAAGAUUUAAAGGCUGAAAAUGAGAUUUUGAACCUUGAGACAGAGAGCUGCAAACUUGUACAAAACAUAAUUCAGACAGCCGUUGACCAGCUGGGAAGUACAGAAGAAACAGCCACUACUUUCCAGACCCAGGCUCAGCUGACAGAAGCUGACAGCCAGGAAGCUGGGCAGAAAAUCGAGAAAGAAGCAAGUGAACUUCAGGCCCACGCAUUGGAUGAAACACAAACCGUCGAGGCCAAAGAGGAGUCCUCACUAAGCGCCGAGGAACACGCACAUCCAGAUGUUUCCAAAGAUGUGAAUGAAGCUUCAGAGAAGAUGGUGGCCACUAGGGUAGAAGGUUCUAGGGUAGAUGACCAGCGGCUUGAAGAGGUAGCUCUCCCAUCUGAGGGAAAGAGAGAAGCCCCUGAAACAAAGUCUGUGCUAGAAGAUGACGAUGAUGCUGAGUUUGGAGAAAGAACCGAGAAGUCACCGUUUGAAUCCCAAGAAGAUGAAAAAGGUGAUGCUGCUGAUGACCCCGGGAACCAAACCUCAGCCCCGGAAGAAGCUGAGGCCUCGGGAGGCUCAACCGAAGAGUCUCCAGAUACAAAUGGACCGAAACUGAAAGAGAAGGGAGACAGCCAGGAAGUAGAAUUUCAGGAAGGAAAAGUGCAGAGCGAGUCAGAAAAAGAGAUCAAAACACAAACACAGGAGGAGACACAGAACGAGAAGAGAGAACCAGCAAAACCUGAACCCACAGAAUCCUAAAACGUGACUUACACUUGUGUAUUUGCAAGACCAGAAUGUGAAGACAAGUGGGAGAAGAAAACAAAUGCUGCUGAUGAGACCAAUCUUUCAGAACUUUGGGAACCGAAGAACAAACGCAUCAACCGCUCUCGUUUCUAGAGAACCCCUGACAAUCCUGAGGCUUCAUCGGGAGCUGUAGCCAGAUAACAUUUCCUCUUUUCAAGACCACCCUGAUAUUCUCCCUCGGUACCAUAUAAUGUUUCUGAUUCAAGGUCCUCGAUUCUUAGCCUGGAACUGGAGUUGGCAAUACCUAGUUCUGCUUCUCAAACUGGAGUAUCAUUCUUUAUGUAUUUAUAUGUAUGUUUUAAGUAAUCCUCCUUCUGUAUCUAGUGUAUAUUUUUUUCUUAAUGUUUAAGGAAAUGUACAGUAUAGUGCAUUCCUUUUGUAUCACAAUAUACGACGGGGCAUGCAACCACGGUGAAGUCUCAGGAAGCUUUCUGCCUCAGUUACAACCUUUGAAAACAGAGCUUCCUAGAAACAACGUUCCUGAUCAAAAGCUACACUUCUUUUAAAAUUCACUAAGGAUUAGGUCCAUGUUUAGUAUCACUCUGAAAUUGGUCACUUUCCUAUUAUGCACAGUAUGCUAAAAAUAAAAAGGUAUUUUUGGGGGGAAACAUACAGAAUGUUCCAUUGUUACUGGGAAAUUUUUGUUUCCAGCCCCCAGUGGAGGUUGGAAGGAAGGUUUCUUCAGUAGCAGAUUAAGUUAAAGUCUUUUCUCCUAAUUGUUAACAGUUUUUUUGACAGAUGAGUGUGUUUUAACUUUGAGGCAAGGUAGUGAAAUGUUAUUCAUGUUAUCAAGAAAAGAACUGACUGUUUUUGAGUCUACUGUAUAUGCUGGACCACAUUCACACGCAGCACGAAAUAAGUCCGGUUCUUUACAAAUGGUAUUUUGAUAGAUGCUGGGUUGCAUCUGUGCCAUAUUUGUGCCCACUCUUUUAAGAACAAUGUAGCAUUAUGUUCAUUUGGAUAAAUUGU